AUGUCAUCAAACAUCAAUUUAACCGACAUGCCAUUUGAUGACUAUCUUAUAUUAUCACUAAAUAAUAUUUCGACUCAAUUUAAUCGCUAUAUUUCUAUACUCAUCUUUUUCUUUGGUGUUAUUGGAAACAUCAUCAAUAUUUUUGUUCUAUCUCAGAAAAAUUUUCGUACUAACUCUUGUGGAUGGCUUUUUCUUAUUUCAUCGAUUGUUAAUCUUAUUUCACUUUUUUUUGCACUUAUUACUCGUAUUAUGAACGGUUGGGCAACUGAUCCAACAGAAACGAUUGCAUGGCUUUGUAAAUUUCGUGCUCAUAUUGUAUUCUCAUCAAGAACUAUCGCAUUAUGGUUGAUCACAUUUGCUACAAUUGAUCGUUGGUUUCUAUCAAAUAUCAAUGUACAUCGUCGACAUUUAAGUACAUUAAAAAAUGCUCAACGAAGUGCAAUAUUCAUUACAAUCUUUUCAAUUAUUCUCUAUGCUCAAAUGUUUUAUUGUUAUGAAGCAAAUCUUAUGAAUACACCAUUGAAAUGUUAUGGUAAAACAAAAGUUUGUCGUCAUUUAACAGAUCUAUCAUUGACUUUUAUUACUGUUCUAUGUCCUUUAUUUGUUAUGAUUAUAUUUGGUUUGUUAACUAUAUCAAAUAUUCGUCAAUCUCAUCGUCGAAUACAAAUAUUAAAGACUGAAAAUAUUGAUCAUAGUGUAAAUAAAUCAUCAGGAUUAUCUAAUGAAAAUCCACAACAAAAGUUAAAAAGAAAAACUGAUCGAAGUCUUCUUCGAAUGUUGUUUGUACAAGUAAUUAUUCUUACGAUACUUACUCUUCCAUUAUCAAUACAAAAAUUAUAUUCAACAAUAUCUAGCGAGAAUAUAUCACCAGUAGAAGAUGCAAUUGAUAUGUUUGUUUAUAACAUGGCUAUUUUACUUUAUUGUAUUUCGAAUGGAAUGCCUUUUUAUAUUUAUACAUUAUGUGGUGGAACUAUUUUUCGUAAGGCACUUUCUGAUUUUAUCCAAACCAUGAAACGAAAAAUUAUAUGUUAA